AAUGACAGUUCGUAUGUUCAUAACCCUAAAAAUCAUUUAUCGCGCCAUCAAAUUUGUUUUUGUUUUAACGUCUUAGAAUUUGCAAUUUUAUCGCCACUGUACAAGCCUACAUUUUAACUACAUUGGUUCAAAUUAUGUCCGAAGUCAGAGCGACACGUCGAUCAACACGAAUAUCACUGAAGGAAAACGUCCAAUUGAAAGAAAAUGACGAAAAUACUGGCCACGUAACAAAGCCAAAAACGACACAAAAGCGAACAACAGCGAACAGUGUAAUUGAGGAAAUCCACGAGACUGAGCCACCGAAACACUCUCCACCGAAGCAGAGAAAGCCAGCAGCUACAAAGGGUUCGCCUACCAGACUCUUUGAACGGUUGAGUCUAGACGAACCGUUACAGGAAGCCAAUGAACGGAAGCCUCAAUCAAAAUACGCAAGUGCAAGAAAACUGCUCAACAGCAAUGAAACAACGAAACUGCCAGGUAGAGAAGAUGAGUUGGCAAAGCUAUCGGAAUUUUUAGAGAACUGUUUAACCAGCCAGAAGUCGGCCAGCAUUUACAUUAGUGGACCGCCGGGUACAGGGAAAACGUCGUGCGUUAACAAACUGCUACACGAAUCAUUUCCAGACAAAUUCAAUGCAAUUUCCGUCAACUGUACGGGCAUCUCAUCGAUAGGAAAUAUUUAUAAGAAGAUCUGCGAGCAGUUAAAAUUGAAAUGUUCCACGGAAAAGGAGAACAUCACCAGUAUCACCGAAUACAUAACCAGAAAGAAUCAGAAAAAAAUGGUUCUGCUCCUUCUGGACGAAAUCGACCAAUUGGCUGGAAACAAACAGUCCGUCCUCUAUUCGAUAUUCGAAUGGCCGGCGAUGACCAAUGCGAAAAUAGUCCUAAUUGGCAUUGCAAAUGCACUGGAUUUGACUGAUCGAUUACUAACUCGACUGAACACAAAAUGUGAGCUGAAACCGAAGCUUCUGCACUUUCCGUCCUACACCAAAGAACAGAUCAUUGACAUAUUUAAGUCACGUCUUGAGGACGCCGGUGCGAUGGAAAUAUUCGCUCCGAAUACGAUUCAAUUUUUGGCAGCCAAAGUUUCAGCAGUGUCGGGAGACGUCCGUCGUGCGUUGGAUAUUGGGAGACGGGUGAUCGAAGUAGCGGCCAACAAAAAGGAAGGUCAGAACAUUGAUUUGAACGAUCUGGGAGUCGAAUUUCUGGACAGGCCCGAAGAUAAAAUUAAACUUCAAGACGUCUUGGCCGUAGUGAAUGCCACUUAUGGCAGUGCUUCGAAAACGUUCGACGACGAAAGCACCCAUUUUCCGUUGCAGCAAAAAAUCAUCGUUGGAACGUUGUUGAUCAUAUUGAAGAACGAUAAGAACAAGGACAUCACCGUCGGUCGAUCGCAUGCUGUUUACUCGAAAAUCUGCUCGAAACGGAGCAUCGCUCCGUUGGAUCAAUCCGAGUUUGCUGGCAUGUGUGCGUUGAUUGAGAAUCGUGGCAUUAUCAAGGUCAUUAAAAACAAGGAACCAAAACUUAGAAAAAUUCAGCUGCAAUGGGACGAAACCGAGGUGAUGUCGGCGCUACACGACAAACAACUCAUUGCUAGCAUUUUAGCGGACACCACUGUCCUUGGCAGAUGAUCUCAUUUUAUUUAACAUGAAAGUAUUUUAAUUAAAGAUGAAAUUAUAAAGACAAAUUUAAGGAAAU